AUGUCGGUCCCAUACCUCCUCAACAGCGCCACCGGGCACAUUCCCGCCUCCGAGAAGAUCCCGGUCAUCGCCCGGCCUUUCGUCAGCGAGCGGGCAAAGAAGACCUUGGACCUAGUCGAACGCUUCGUCGAGGAAGACUGCGUCCCCGCCGACGCCGUCUUCGCGCAACAGAUCAACGAAAAGGGCCAUGACACGGUCUCCCGCUUCGACUCGCACCCGCAGGUCAUUGAAGAUCUCAAGACAAAGGCCCGCAAACUGGGCCUCUGGAACAUGUUCCUCCCCAAGAACCACUUCAAGGAAGGCGCCGGGUUCUCGAACCUCGAGUACGGCCUUAUGGCUGAGUACUUGGGCAAGUCCGCGACCGCGAGCGAGGCGUGUAAUUGCGCCGCCCCGGACACGGGCAACAUGGAGGUCUUUGCAAAGUACGGCACCGAGGAGCAGAAGAAGCAGUGGCUGGGCCCGCUGUUGAACGGCGAGAUCCGGUCGGCGUUCUUGAUGACGGAGCCGCAAGUGGCGAGUAGCGACGCGACGAAUAUCGAGCUGAACAUGCGGAAGGACGGCGAUUACUACGUUCUUAACGGCCAGAAAUGGUGGUCCAGCGGUGCUGGCGAUCGCCGCUGCAAGAUCUACAUCGUCAUGGGCAAAUCAGAUCCUACCAACAAGAACGUCUACCGACAACAAUCCGUCAUUCUCGUGCCGGCAGACACCCCGGGCAUUACCAUCGAGCGCAUGCUCUCCGUCAUUGGUUUUGACGACGCGCCUCACGGCCACGGCCAUAUCAGUUUCAACAACGUCCGAGUGCACAAGAGCAAUAUGGUCCUCGGCGAGGGCCGCGGGUUCGAAGUUGUCCAGGGCCGUCUGGGGCCCGGUCGUAUCCACCACGCGAUGAGAUCCGUUGGUGCUGCCGAGAAAGCGCUGGAAUAUUUCCUUGCCCGCAUGAACGAUCCCUCAAGACGCCCCUUCGGCAAGAAUCUUUCCGAGCAUGGCAUCCAGCUCGAACGUGUCGCGCGCUCACGCAUUGAAAUCGACUCGGCUCGCCUGGCUGUGCUCAACGCUGCCAUCAAAAUCGACCAGUCCAACGCCAAGGAUGCGCUGAAGGAGAUCGCCGAGGUUAAGGUCCAGGUGCCCAACAUGCUCCUGGACGUCCUCGACCGUGCCAUUCAGGCUUAUGGUGGCGCCGGUGUUUCGCAGGAGACUCCUUUGGCGUCUAUGUGGGCGAGCGGACGGACCAUGAGGAUCGUGGAUGGUCCUGAUGAGGUGCAUAUGCUCCAGCUGGGACGGAACGAGAACAAGCGCGGCGCGGCUCUGUUGAAGAAGAUUGAGGCGCAGAAGGCCAAGUCCCGGGAGUUGCUGAAGCAGUAUGGGCUGCAAGCGAGGGACCCCUUGGAGUUGAAGCGUGUGAGUGGUGGGCAGUCCAAGUUGUAG